CGACAAUGGCGGCAUCUGUGCCGGUGCCCGCCUCUAAGGGGGAAGGGGCGUCCUGCUCUUCCUGGGGGACGGGCAGUACGAAUAACAAUCUGCCCAUCAUGUCAGCAGAAUCUGUGGAGAUUGAUGAUGCAUUAUACAGACAACACUUUAGUCGACAGAGGUACGUCCUUGGAGACACAGCAAUGCAGAAGAUGGCCAAGUCCCAUGUUUUCUUAAGUGGUAUGGGUGGUCUUGGUUUGGAAAUUGCAAAGAAUCUUGUUCUUGCAGGAAUUAAGGCACUUACAAUUCAUGAUACAGAAAAAUGCCAAGCAUGGGAUUUAGGAACCAACUUCUUUCUUUGUGAAGAUGAUGUUGUUAAUAAGAGAAACAGGGCUGAAGCUGUACUCCAACACAUUGCAGAACUAAAUCCAUAUGUUCAUGUGACGUCAUCUCCUGUUCCUUUCAAUGAGGCCACAGAUCUUUCCUUCUUAGAUAAAUACCAGUGUGUAGUGUUGACUGAGGUCAAACUUUCAUUGCAGAAGAAGGUCAACGACUUCUGCCGUUCUCGGUGUCCUCCAAUUAAGUUCAUCAGUGCAGAUAUACAUGGGAUUUGGUCACGAUUAUUUUGUGAUUUUGGUGAUGAAUUUGAAGUUUUAGAUACAACAGGAGAAGAACCAAAAGAAAUUUUUAUUUCAAACAUAACGCAAGCUAAUCCUGGCAUUGUCACUUGCCUUGAAAAUCAUCCUCACAAACUUGAGACAGGACAACUCAUAACACUUCGAGAAAUUAAUGGAAUGACACGUUUAAAUGGAAUGACACAACAAAUAACUGUCAUAUCACCAUUUUCCUUUAGCAUUGAUGAUACUACAGAACUGGAACCAUAUUUACAUGGAGGCAUAGCUGUCCAAGUUAAGACUCCUAAGACAUUUUGCUUUGAACCACUGGAAAGGCAAAUAAAACAUCCGAAGUGCCUCAUUGCAGAUUUCAGCAAACCUGAGGCACCUUUACAGAUUCACACAGCUUUGCUUGCCUUGGACCAGUUUCAGGAGAAGUACAGUCGUAAGCCAAAUAUCGGAUGCCAACAAGAUUCAGAGGAACUAUUCAAAAUGGCAACAUCUAUAAGUGAAACCUUGGAAGAGAAGCCUGAAGUGGAUGAAGAUGUCAUGCGCUGGCUCUCCUGGACUGCCCGGGGCUACUUAGCCCCUCUGGCUGCAGCAGUAGGAGGUGUUGCCAGUCAAGAAGUAAUAAAAUCUGUGACAGGAAAGUUUUCUCCUUUGUGCCAAUGGUUAUAUCUUGAAGCAGCAGAUAUUGUCGAAUCCCUAGGCAAACCUGAGUGCGAAGAAUUUCUCCCACGAGGAGAUCGGUAUGAUGCCCUGCGAGCCUGCAUUGGAGACACUUUGUGUCAGAAGCUACAGAAUCUAAACAUCUUCUUAGUAGGGUGUGGAGCCAUAGGCUGUGAAAUGUUAAAAAAUUUCGCUUUACUUGGUGUUGGCACAAGCAAAGAAAAGGGAAUGGUUACAGUUACAGACCCUGACUUGAUAGAAAAAUCCAACUUAAACAGACAGUUCCUAUUCCGCCCUCAUCACAUACAGAAACUUAAGAGUUACACCGCUGCUGAUGCAACUUUGAAAACAAAUUCUCAAAUAAAAAUAGAUGCACACCUGAACAAAGUAUGUCCGGCAACAGAGGCCAUUUACAGUGAUGAGUUCUAUACCAAACAAGAUAUAAUUAUCACAGCUCUAGACAAUGUGGAAGCCAGGAGAUAUGUAGACAGCCGUUGCUUAGCAAAUCUAAGGCCUCUCCUAGAUUCUGGAACAAUGGGCACGAAGGGACACACUGAAAUUAUUGUACCUCACUUGACCGAAUCUUAUAAUAGUCACCGGGAUCCCCCAGAAGAGGAAAUACCAUUUUGUACUCUGAAGUCUUUCCCAGCCACCAUUGAGCAUACUAUACAGUGGGCCAGAGAUAAGUUUGAAAGUUCCUUUUCCCAUAAGCCUUCGUUAUUUAACAAGUUUUGGCAAACCUACUCAUCUGCAGAAGAAGUCCUGCAGAAGAUACAAAGUGGACACAAUUUAGAAGGCUGUUUUCAAGUUAUUAAAUUACUUAGCAGAAGACCUAGAAAUUGGUCCCAGUGUGUAGAAUUAGCAAGACUAAAGUUUGAAAAAUAUUUUAACCAUAAGGCUCUUCAGCUGCUUCACUGUUUCCCUCUAGACAUACGGUUAAAAGAUGGUAGUUUGUUUUGGCAAUCACCAAAGAGGCCUCCAUCUCCAAUAAAAUUUGAUUUAAAGGAACCUUUGCACCUCAGUUUCCUCCAGAAUGCUGCAAAACUGUAUGCUACGGUAUAUUGCAUUCCAUUUACAGACAAGGACUUAUCAGCAGAUGCCCUCUUGAAUAUUCUUUCAGAAGUAAAGAUUCAGGAAUUCAAACCUUCCAACAAGGUUGUUCAAACUGAUGAAACUGCAAGGAAACCAGACCAUGUUCCUGUUAGCAGUGAAGAUGAGAGGGAUGCUGUAUUCCAAUUAGAAAAGGCUAUUUUAUCUAAUGAAGCUACCAAAAAUGACCUUCAGGUGGUGGUGCUUUCAUUUGAAAAAGAUGAUGAUCGUAAUGGACACAUAGAUUUUAUCACAGCUGCAUCAAAUCUCCGUGCCAAAAUGUAUAACAUUGAACCAGCUGACCGCUUCAAAACAAAGCGAAUAGCUGGCAAGAUUAUACCUGCAAUAGCAACGUCCACUGCUGCAGUUUCUGGCUUGGUUGCCUUGGAGAUGAUCAAAGUAACUGGUGGCUAUCCAUUUGAAGCCUACAAAAAUUGUUUCCUUAACUUAGCCAUUCCAAUUAUAGUAUUUACAGAGACAUCUGAAGUAAGAAAGACUAAAAUCAGAAAUGGAAUAUCAUUUACAAUUUGGGAUCGAUGGACUGUACAUGGAAAAGAAGAUUUUACUCUCUUGGAUUUCAUUAAUGCAGUCAAAGAGAAAUAUGGGAUUGAGCCAACAAUGGUGGUACAGGGUGUCAAAAUGCUUUAUGUUCCAGUAAUGCCUGGUCAUGCAAAAAGAUUAAAGUUGACAAUGCAUAAACUUGUGAAACCUUCCACUGAAAAGAAAUACGUGGAUCUCACUGUGUCAUUUGCCCCAGACGCUGAUGGAGACGAAGACCUGCCUGGGCCCCCAGUGAGGUACUACUUCAGCCCUGGCCCUGAUUAGUGCAACUUGUCCUAGGUCAUUCCAGAACCACUUGAUUUGGGGAAGAGUGCACUUAAUUCAGAAGCUAAAAAAAUCAACUCAUCGUACUGUGGAUUUCUCAUGGAUGAAGCCUUAAUUUAAGGAAAACAUAAGUAUGAAACUGCACUGGAAAAUUGUAAGACAUUUUGAAGCAUAGUAAACACUUGUCUAAUGGUUCACACACGUCUGAGCACAUGCAACUUUGAGCUGGAACACCGUUUUAUAAUACUUAAGACAGAUUUGUGUAUUUACCUGUUUGCAUAAAAAGAAGGAAAAAAUAUUUACAACCAGAGGUGAUGAGGAUCAAGAAAUCGAAAGUAACAAAUACAGCUCGGCACCUGUAGCACAGUGGUUAUGGCCCCGGCCACAUGCACUGAGAGGGUGGCAAGUCGAACUCAGCCCGGGCCUGCUAAACAACAACAACAACAACAACAAAAUAGCCAGACGUUGUUGAGGGCACCUGUAGGCCCAGCUACUUGGGAGGCUGAGGCAAGAGAAUUGCUUAAGCCCAAAAAUUUGAGGUUGCUGUGAGCUGUAACACCAUGGCACUCUACCAAGGGUGACAUAGUGAGACUCUGUCUCAAAAGAAAAAAAGAAAGAAAGUAACAAAUGUAACUAUCCAAAAACCUCGAUCUUAUUUUAUGAAUUUUUGCUUGUUUAGUAUUUGAGACCCUUUUUUUUAAUAAAAAUAGUGACACCUUGCAUUUGUCCUAGGAUUAGGCUUGAGAAUUUAAUAUCGGUGUGAAAAGUAAGGAUGGCAGCAGUGAAUGAAGAAUAGACAUUUAAAUUGUGCUGUUAGUAUUAGUGCCGUUACCUUUGAUAGUUUAGCCAGAGUUUGUUACAGUAUAUACUGUCUCCCAGAAAUCAAGAUUUGUAUUCAUAACAUCUGCAUUGUAAGCCAUGAGCAAUAGGUUGGGUGACACAUUAACUUGGACUCAAGGUUAGCAGUAUCUUAUGGGCUCUGACAACCGAUUCAGAUAAUCCAUGAUUGUGAAAGGCACAUGUGGCUAAUCAUUUGAUUUUCAGUAUGCCUUCUAAUGUGGCUGUUUUAUUUAUUUAAAACUCUAAACCUGAUUGUCAUAGUGUAUAAGGAUAAAAGGUUUUCUGAGGGGAGUAUCCUUAGAAGAAGACGAAAACUAGAGAUUAAUAAAUCAUCACUAGUAGAAUCUUGAUUUUUUUUUCAGCCAGAAACCUAAUGAAAAGAAAAAAUAAUAUUUUUAUUUUAAAAGAAAGCAUUUUAUUUCCCAUUUCCAGAAAAGGAGAUGACAAAGGUAAAAAUUUAUUUUUUUAGGUCUUUAUUAAGAGAAACUUUCUGUUUUCUGAUAUGAACUGUUGCAGUUGUUGAGAUAAGUGCUUUCAUUAAAAUGAGGUAAACAGUAUUCAACACUGUAAACUCAGUG